AGAGUAGAGUGUGGAAGAGAAGUGGGAAAUAGAAGCUAUGGGCUAUGGAUUUUGUCAAAGCAAAAGAAAUGAGAAUUGACAGAAAAAGAUUGGUGGUGGUCUCAAAGUGCGCACUAAAAUGAAAUCCGCACAAAAUCACCACAUUUUUGCUUCUCAAAUCCAAAUACAAAACACAACAAUACAAGAAACCGUGCUCUUAGUGGACCCAUCCACGCCCCACUCAUCAUUUCCAUCAAGAACUCUCUCUCUCUCUCUCUCUCAUUCAUCACCAAUUGCACCCACAAACAUUUUUCUUUCCUUUCACUUAAAUAACCUGGAUUUUGGAAGCGUCUUCUUUCUUUUCUCAUAUAUUUAUGGGCUUUUUUCUUCCUUUUAGUAAUUUGUGUUUUUGUGUAAUCUUUCCAUAAGGUUGAUGUUAAGUUUGUUGGUGGUGAAGAAAGUUGAAUUUUUUGUUUGAUUACUUUUUUUUAAAAUAUACUGUAUAUAGUUUUUUUUUUUUUUUUUUUAUAUAUAUAAUGGGAAAUUGUUGGAGUAGAUGGAAGCCUUCAGUUUAUACUGUUUCAUCAAAUGCAAAAUCAGAGUCUCCAAAAGACCAAACCCCUUCAGGGAAACCAAUAAAGGAUAUUAGGAAGCUACCAUCAAAUCCUGAGGAAGUAGAAGACCUACGUCGCAAUUCAGCUGCAAAUCCAUUGAUUGCCUUUACAUAUGAUGAGCUAAAGGUAAUCACCGAAAACUUUAGGCAAGAUCGCCUGUUGGGUGGAGGAGGAUUUGGAAGUGUUUAUGAGGGAUUUAUUAAUGAGGAUCUAAGAGAAGGACUUCAGCCACUUCCAGUUGCUGUGAAGGUUCAUGAUGGUGAUAAUAGUCAUCAAGGCCACCGAGAAUGGCUGGCAGAAGUCAUAUUUCUGGGGCAGCUUUCUCAUCCAAAUUUGGUGAAAUUGAUUGGAUACUGCUGUGAAGACAAACAUCGGGUAUUAAUAUAUGAGUAUAUGGCUCGGGGCAGCGUGGAAAACAAUCUAUUUUCAAGAGUAUUGCUUCCUCUUCCAUGGCAUAUUAGAAUGAAGAUUGCAUUUGAAGCAGCAAAAGGACUUGCCUAUCUCCAUGAUGCUGAAAAACCUGUUAUAUAUCGUGAUUUUAAGACAUCUAAUAUUCUGCUUGACCUGGACUAUAAUGCAAAGCUCUCUGACUUUGGUCUUGCAAAAGACGGACCUAUGGGAGACAAAACUCACGUUUCCACGCGCGUAAUGGGAACUUAUGGGUAUGCAGCGCCUGAAUAUAUAAUGACAGGCCAUCUUACUCCGAGAAGCGAUGUGUAUAGCUUCGGUGUGGUUCUACUUGAGCUUCUAACAGGCAGAAAAUCUUUAGAUAAAUCAAGACCAGCCCGAGAGCAGAACCUUGCAGAUUGGGCUCUUCCUUUGCUAAAAGAGAAAAAGAAAUUGCUCAACAUUGUAGACUCGAGAUUACAAGGAGAUUAUCCCAUUAAAGGAGUCCACAAGGCAGCUAUGUUAGCUUAUCAUUGCUUGAACCGAAACCCGAAAGCGAGGCCUCUAAUGCGAGAUAUAGUUGAUUCAUUGGAGCCUCUGCAGGUUCCUGAAGAAGCUUAUUUGAAUGGGAAGUCUGUGUUUACUGUGAUUAAUGUAGCAGAUGGCGAGAUAAAAAGAAAAGAAGAUUCAGUGUAACUGAGAUGGGUGUGAUUUUGUUUUGUUAAGCUUCUUCUCCCCUGCAAAGGUAGAGUUUCUGCAUCAGAUAGCUUCUUCCCUUGUGUGUAUCAAUGCCAUGAAUAUUUUCUUUUCUCUUC